CAGCCCGUUCUGACACCGAUAGGCGAAUAGUCGUAGCAAGGAGCGAUGCACGGGGACCUAGCUCUCGCCCCACUGCCUCACAAGUGGACAAUCGCCUGCGACAAGGAGGCGGGACGCCCGUAGUUUCCAGAGAUAGUCGUUUCAGUCUUUUUGCACUAUUUGUAUUGUGGGCCGCAGUUUAGCCUCCUGUGAGUUUGCUAUCUGGUUUCUAUUGGCUUGCUUGAAGAUUGAUGCACUAAUCAACUGAUCGGUGAGCGGUUGACUGCAAAUCGAGGCUGCUGGAUUUAGGGGCGUGUGUUGAUUAUCUUUCUUCUUUUUUUUUAAGAAAAUUAUUUUCAUAAUGGGGAAAGGAGGGGAAGAUUAUGGUAAGAGUGAAAUUUUGGCUAAUAAGGAAGAGAAUGGGUUUUAUUACCCAGCGUGGUCGAAAGAUGUAGCGCAUUGUGAGGAAAAGUAUCAAGUGAGUAGGGAGAAUGGAUUGUCAGCGGAUGAGGUGGAGAAACGGCGGCAGGUCUAUGGUUUCAAUGAAUUGGAGCAACAUGAAGGGGUUUCGAUCUUUAGGUUGAUUCUUGACCAGUUUAACGACACAUUGGUCAGGAUUUUACUGGUGGCAGCAGUGGUUUCCUUUGUGUUAGCAUUGUACGACGGAGAAGAAGGCGGGGAAAAGGAGAUCACGGCAUUUGUCGAGCCUUUGGUGAUAUUUUUGAUAUUGAUAGUGAAUGCAGUAGUCGGGGUUUGGCAGGAGAACAAUGCGGAGAAAGCACUGGAUGCAUUGAAGGAGAUCCAGUCUGAGCAUGCAACUGUUAUUCGUGAGGGAAGGAAGAUUUCUAAUUUGCCUGCCAAGGAGCUGGUUCCGGGAGAUAUUGUGGAGUUGAGAGUUGGGGAUAAGAUUCCCGCGGAUAUGAGAGUUUUAAACUUGAUCAGCUCAACACUACGAGUUGAGCAGGGGUCGUUGACAGGGGAGAGUGAGGCAGUUAGUAAGACUACUAAGCCUGUGGCAGAGGAUGUCGACAUUCAGGGCAAGAAGUGUAUGGUUUUUGCGGGAACAACUGUGGUGAACGGAAACUGUAUUUGUCUGGUGACUGAGAUUGGAAUGAAAACAGAGAUAGGGAAGGUGCAUUCACAAAUUCAUGAGGCGUCCCAGGGCGAUGAUGAUACACCUUUGAAAAAGAAGCUGAAUGAGUUUGGAGAGGCUUUAACUGCAAUCAUUGGAGCAAUCUGUACAUUGGUAUGGCUGAUUAAUGUGAAAUACUUCCUUUCGUGGGAGUUUGUUGACGGGUGGCCUACAAAUUUCAAGUUCUCAUUCGAAAAGUGUACUUAUUACUUUGAGAUUGCUGUAGCAUUGGCUGUUGCUGCUAUUCCAGAAGGUUUGCCUGCUGUGAUUACAACUUGCUUGGCACUUGGCACCCGGAAAAUGGCUGCCAAGAAUGCGCUUGUUCGCAAGUUGCCUAGUGUUGAAACCCUUGGAUGCACAACUGUGAUUUGCUCUGAUAAGACUGGUACACUAACAACCAAUCAGAUGGCAGUGUCCAAGCUCGUUGCUAUGGGUUCAAAGGGAAAUGUUAUCCGAUCUUUUAAUGUGCAAGGGACUAGCUAUGAUCCAGCUGAUGGAGAGAUAGAGAACUGGUCAACAAGAAAAUUAGAUUCUAAUCUUCAAAUGAUUGCUAAGAUUGCUGCUUUGUGUAAUGAUGCUGAUGUGGAAAAAUCCGGACAUGAUGUAUCUGCUCAUUAUGUGGCCAAUGGAAUGCCAACUGAGGCUGCUCUUAAGGUUCUUGUUGAGAAAAUGGGCCUUCCAGAUGACAUAAACCCUACCUCUGGUUCAGGAUUUGAUGGUGUUUUAAGAUGCUCCUAUGCGUGGAGCCAAAUCGAGAAGCGGAUUGCCACCCUUGAAUUUGAUCGCGAUAGGAAAUCAAUGGGAGUCAUUGUGAAUUCUAGAAACAACAAGAAAUCACUACUUGUGAAGGGUGCAGUAGAAACAUUGCUGGAGAGGAGUUCAUUUGUGCAAUUGCAGGAUGGCUCCAUUGUAGAACUUGAUCAAACUUACCGAGAAGGGAUAUUGGAUAGCCUUAAUGAUAUGUCUUCAAGAGCACUGAGAGUGUUGGGUUUUGCAUAUAGGGAUGACCUCCCGGAAUUUUCCACGUACAACGGUGAUGAAGACCAUCCAGCUCAUAAGCUCUUACUGGACACUGCAAAUUAUUCCUCCAUUGAGAGCAAAUUAAUUUUUGCUGGUUUGGUUGGUUUGAGGGAUCCUCCUCGUAAAGAGGUCCCUCAAGCAUUGGAGGAUUGCAAAACAGCUGGCAUUCGGGUUAUUGUUAUUACUGGAGAUAAUAAAAAUACAGCUGAAGCAAUUUGUCGUGAAAUAGGUAUUUUUGAAAAACAUGAAAAGAUUAGCUCGAGGAGCUUAACGGGGAGGGAUUUUAUGGAUCUCUCUAAACAGGAUAAAGAAGCUCAUUUAAAUCAAAAUGGUGGGCUUCUGUUUUCAAGAUCUGAACCCCGGCAUAAACAAGAAAUAGUCAGAUUGCUCAAAGAUUCUGGUGAAGUGGUGGCAAUGACCGGUGAUGGAGUGAAUGAUGCUCCUGCCCUAAAAUUGGCUGAUAUUGGUAUAGCAAUGGGCAUUGCUGGGACUGAGGUUGCCAAGGAAGCUUCUGAUAUGGUAUUAGCAGAUGAUAAUUUCAGCACUAUUGUUGCUGCCGUAGGGGAAGGUAGAUCAAUUUACAAUAAUAUGAAGGCCUUCAUCAGAUACAUGAUCUCCUCGAACAUGGGCGAGGUGGCAUCUAUAUUCUUAACAGCUGCUUUAGGCAUUCCAGAGGGUCUAAUCCCGGUACAGCUCCUGUGGGUAAACUUGGUCACCGACGGGCCACCGGCUACUGCUUUGGGAUUUAAUCCUCCCGACAAGGACAUAAUGAAGAAACCCCCCAGAAAAAGCGACGAUUCAUUGAUAAAUCCAUGGAUUCUGUUUCGCUAUUUGGUAAUCGGAUCUUACGUAGGCAUAGCAACAGUGGGAAUAUUCGUCAUCUGGUACACACAGUCAUCUUUCCUCGGCAUCGACCUGAGCGGAGACGGCCACAGCCUCGUAACAUACUCCCAACUCGCCAACUGGGGGCAGUGCCCGACCUGGCAGAAUUUCUCAGCUUCGCCGUUCACGGCGGGGGCGGAGGUGAUAAAAUUCAGCGAUCCCUGCGACUACUUCAAGGAGGGGAAAAUCAAGGCGACGACGCUCUCCCUGUCGGUGCUUGUCGCAAUCGAGAUGUUCAAUUCGCUCAAUGCCCUGUCCGAAGACGGGAGCCUCUUGUCGAUGCCCCCGUGGGUCAACCCGUGGCUGCUUCUGGCUAUGUCGGUGUCGUUUGCCUUGCACUUCCUUAUCCUCUACGUGCCUUUCCUCGCGCAGAUCUUCGGCAUUGUGCCGCUCAGCCUGAACGAGUGGUGGCUGGUGGUGGCUGUCGCUUUUCCGGUGAUUCUAAUCGAUGAAGUUCUCAAGUUUGUCGGGCGAUGCACGACUGCGUCAGGUAUGAGGUCGUCGUUAUCUAAGGCGAAGCGCGAGUGACGAUGGCGGGAUGGGAUUCAAAUGGUGAGUAUCUACCCUACCCUACCCAACCCCACCUUACCCUGCCUGGUUUAGUUAGGGUUCCUCGUCCUGUGUCUGUUAUAUUACGUUUUUAACUGUUCUAGUCAUUCUGUCGUGGAACUUACUUAUUAGAGAAUUCUAUUCUUAACAUCGAUAAUUUGUUGGUAAUGGUGAUACUUUUGGGAGACGAAGACAACUUACUUACAUAUUAAAAGCCCUCUUAUCAUGUACUGCUUAGUAUUGCUACCUUUAAUUAAUUUUUGUAUAUAGCACAACAAAGUUUUACUGCA